AUGUUGUCCGGGUCGAUAUUCCGUGUCAGCUUGACCUUGUUGUCUGUGUUCUUCUACGGCCAAAGUGUUUUUGCGCAGACUACAACACCGUUCUCGAAUUCAAGCACCACCAGGGCCCCUACCACCACAUCAGUACCAGUAUCGACUGGAACUGUGCCCGAUGUCUAUCUGAAUGUACCGACGCUUUCCGUUGGGCGUAUCGAGCUCGAUGUCGAUGAUCUCCGGGCAGACAUCAACUUGAACGCCCAGGUAGCGUCGCUAGUAACCCUGAACGCUGGCGUUGCGCUCUCAAUCCAAAAAGUCAAUCUCACCAUUGCGGAUGUCGACGCCAACCUGGAAUUGAUUGUCCGACUCGGGCAUUUGGUGGACAUUGUCAACAGAGUAUUCGAGUCCCUUGAUCUCAAUCCACUGCUCAUCUCUGCCAUUAACAACGUCACUUCUCUGCUUGAGCCUAUUGUGGGAGCCGUCGAUGGACUGUUGGGGACAAUCACUCAGGGCGGUACUAGUUUGUCGUUCCUGAUCGACAAUCUUGGAAACAUUGUGCAGGAGGUCGGAGGUGUGUCUACCAUUGUAGGCGAUUAUCUUACCAACAUGACAUACACUGGUCAAAGCAAGUCAUUAUCCGGCGGCCUUACUGAGAAGACGUAUUCCUAUACCCCACUCAAUGCCUUGGUCGAUAUUGUCUUCAACACCGCUGGUCAAGUCGUACAGGCGCAAGUACAGAAGUCGAGUGGUGGAAGCACGAGUACAACUGCUUCGUCAACAAGCUCAGCUCCGACUUCGAGUGCAACGUCUUAG